GCGUCCAUAGCGCCCUGCCCUCUGCGCGUCCCCGUACAGAAGGGCUCUAGCCGUUAACGGAACGGCGUAUCAUCGACGUGUGAUCACACAUUUCUCCUAAUCUAAAUAUCUGUCAGAUCCAGCGGUCAUUUUGACGGCAGUUCCUCGGUACCGGGAUUAUGACGACACGCGUGGGUUCGUGAGGAGAGCGGUGUCGUUCGCUGAGGGUCUUGAAUACACAGUAGACAGUGAGUAGUUGUGAAGUCCAGCCUGCAGUUUUGAGUGUGAUGGAGGGAUUUCCUGUCCACUGACACAGCAGCACUGCCCUGCAGUCAUGUCUGCAUGCAACACCUUCACUGAGCAUGUAUGGAAACCAGGGGAGUGCAAGAACUGCUUUAAGCCUAAGAGCCUGCACAGGCCUCCAGAGCAGACCAAUGCUGCUAAUGAGAGCAGGACUAACGCUAAUGCCAAGCUCACGAACAACAGCCAGAGGAGCAUGUCCUCAUCACGGGCAGGUCAGGUCCGUCCACCUGUCGCAAAGAAACCUACCAUUGCGGUGAAGCCUACCAUGAUGUUACCAUGCUCUCCGCCAGGACUGGACUCAGAGGGAAACGUUCCCAGGCAUGCAGAGGCAGUGCAGGUUAAUAAAAGUUCACCUUUCUCUGUCUGGACACACAACACUUUAAAUAGCCCAAGAUUUACAGGGACAAACAACAAUCAAGGAGAGGAUUUAGUUGGGCAAACAGAGGCAUAUGGCCCAAUUUCCCCACAGACAGCUAGUAGUAACAACGGACUGACAGAUGUUCUGAAGGAGAUCGCUGGCCUGGGAUCUUCUCCAAGCUCCAGCAGAGACGACUUCUUCGGACGAAUCUGCAGUUCAUAUAGACGCUCAUUAGAGAGAGGCAUACCAGCUUCAAGCUGCCUCAAUGCUGGAAGUAACAGCCGAGGAGCUGCAAAACGCGUUUCCCUUAGUGACAGUGCAGAGAUCAUCAGCUCUGAAGGAGGACGUUUCUGUUAUCCAGAAUUCUCAAGUGAUGGUGAUGAUGAAGACGACGAUGAUGAAAGCGGUGAUGAGGAUGAUGGAGACCAUGACAGUUGGGAUGAAAGUGAUGAAGAGUUGUUAGCAAUGGGUAUCCGAAUGCGUGGUCAACCUCGUUUUGCUAAUUUCCGUGCAGCCACGUUGUCUCCUGUUCCCUUUGCUCUAGGAAAAAAGUGGAAUACCGUGCCUUUACGUAAUCGCUCGCUGCAGAGAUUAUGCGCAGUGGAUUAUGAUGAUAGUUAUGAUGAGAUUCUUAAUGGAUACCCAUCUGUUGACUCAAAUGGAGCUCCUGCACUUCUCGCAUACAGCUCUGACCACCAUGGUAGUGACUUUCUGUCCACUUCCGAGUCCACCACCUCACCUGAAUCCUUGACAUCUUUGCCCGACGAAUCCUGCACGGGCAGCAGUAGUGGCACCAGUGACCAGAAAAUUUGUGUUUCCUUCCAAACUAGCAAAGAACCUUUACCCAGAGGAUUAAACUCACCAAAAUCCAAUGAAACUCAUAAAGCUGUCUUAGCUAUUCGACUGGAAGAACAAGAUGACAGUCAAAGAGAGGGCGGGGCUCUCCCACAGGCUCUUCCUGGCCAGCCAAUCACAAUCAGCUUCAGCCCAACUGAGGAGCAGGCUAAGCCAUAUCGAGUAGUAAAUCUGGAAAAGGCUCCUAUUUGUAAGCCUUACACUGUAGUUGAUGUGUCUGCCUCGAUGGCCACAAAAGAAGAUAACUCUCAAUCUAUUGAAAGCUCACCAAAAGCAAGUGGUUCUAGUGCAACUGUCCGCUCCUUCCCUGACCUUCAUCCUGUCUCACCCACCUCCUCUCAGUCCCCCAAAUCACUUGUUUCACCUGUGACAUCUCCAUCCUUUUCUUUGUCUCCUGUGGCACCUCUGUCUCCUGCAUGCACAACAUCUGCAGGACUCAGCGGUUUUCGCACAAAACCUGGCAGCAUCCGUUACCAAGAAGUGUGGACAUCUUGCACCAGCCCACGACAGAAGAUCCCAAAAGUAGAUUUCUCAAGUGGUGGUGCCACUCCAAGACUCAUCAACCACAAAUCAGCUCCCACUUCUCCAACUACAGGCUUUGGCUCUGCCCGCACUGUUCCAACCAAAUCCCCAAACCUGUCUGAGAUCAAAUUUAACAGUUACAACAAUGCUGGCAUGCCCCCAUUUCCAAUCAUCAUACGUGAUGAACCUGCAUAUGCACGUAGUUCUAAGAAAGCAGUAAAGGUUCCCAUAGUGAUAAAUCCUAGUGCUUAUGAUAAUCUGGCUGUAUACAAGAGUUUUUUGGGGCUCAACGGUGAGCUGCCCCAGUCAAAGUCUGGGCCAGGAGAGAGAGUAGCCAGCCACACGUAUGAGGAGAUCGGAUCUUCCGAAAGCACACAGCCCUCUCCUACUGAACUGACACCCCAAAUUAAACAAACAUCUGAGACAACUGUUACUGGAGAAUUGAGAACCACUGCAUCAUCAGGACAGAAAGUGAAUGACAGCAAAGCCAGAACCACACCAGGUCUUUCUGCUAUUUCUACAGGUAACCUUUGCCCCAGCCCUACCCCUGCAGUUAUUACCCAAAGCAGUCUGGAUCACAUUCAUAACUCCCUUAGUGAGCAACCACCAGAAGGCAGCAAAGAGCCCCAGGUCACACUCAGUGGAGGUUCAGGUCAGAGAGAGAAAGCGAGUGCUGUUCUGUCUCAGAUCGUGUCCUCUAUUCAACCUCCACUAUCUCCACCAGACUCUCCAGCUGGCCAAAGUAAAACUUGCAGUGUUGAAGAACUUUGUUCACAGCCACCAGAUUCCUCAAGAGACACUGUCAGUAGACCCAAAUCACUUCACUGUUCUGCAGAACCUCAUAAAGGCACACCUCUCAAACUCCUGCCUAAAUCUCAAAGUGCCUCUGCUGCUGUACCCCCCACAAGCCCCAAAUCUGAACCCAGUGCACCGUUUCCCCCAACACGGUCCAGCUCCUCUCCUUACCAUUCAAGUAACCUGCUCCAGAGACACUUUAGCAAUUGGACCAGACCAGCUGUGGCCAAACCUAGUGAUGGAGAGACCAGCCCGGGUGCAGAGGGCAGACGUGCAGCUGAUGGUAACAAGCCCAAACGCUGGAUUUCCUUCAAGAGCUUCUUCCGCAGGCGGAAGGAUGAGGAUGAACAGAAGGAGAAAAUGGAACGAGAGAAAGAAAAAGGAAAGCUGUUGGGAUUGGAUGGGACAGUCAUCACUGUUUUGCCCCCUCCACCUGUACAAAAACAGCACUGGUUUGCUGAAGCCAAGACAGAUGACCCUCACCAGAAACCCACUAUUAUAUUUACUUACAAAUCUGGAGAGGAGGGGGAGCUUCGGGUUGAGGAGCACAAAGAAAGUUCAGGCGUUACAAUGGGUGGUGGACCUUCCAACCUGUCUACUCCACCAAAGAGCAGAGCCAGUCUCCUCAUAAGCAAAGUCAUGAAUCAGCUUCCAGCUCAGGAUACUGAGAUCGCUCCUGCCACCUCCCUGCUUGCUAAGCCAGAGCUAUCGCCCCUUCGUGAGCCGCCUGCAUGCUGUCCGCCCCCAGCGUCGCCCACCUCGCACAGCAGCAAUCAAGGAGAGCGAGAGGAAGAGGGAAUCGUUCGCACCGUCUCAGAGUCUUCGACAUCGAGCAGCUGCAGGGCCACGUACACCAACCUGGGUCAAUCCAGGGCCAACAUGAUCCCUGUGAAGCAUCCCAGACAUCCUAAAACAUCUGAAGACAAUUUGGCCUCUGACGCAGAGGUCAGCGAACCCACCUCAAAAGCCACUCCUCCCCCCUUGCCCAAGAAGUUAGUCCCACGUGCUCAAACCGAACCAUCCACCGUAGCUCCCCGACCCAAAGGAGAGGCCAAACCAGGCGGAGCGAGUCUAAGCGUCGCCAAUCCGCUCUACGAUCUCGAGUCCACGUGGGACACAGCCAGUCAGAGCUCCUCGGUCAGCUCGGAGGCACGACAUCUCGAUGAAUCCGGAGACUCCCUGGAGCGUCCGGUGGGGGGACGUAGCUUGUGUUCCCUCACCAAUAGCAGCACCGUGCAGGGAUGCGACCGCCGUGGCUACCGCAGUACAGAAAAUUUGACAGCCAGGACGCGAGGGGCUGGCCGACCAGCUAAGGUCCAGAAACAGGUGCCGUAUAGAGGCAUGGAAAGCUGGGAGGAAGUGGUCGGGAGGAUUCGAGGCCUGCACACGGACACGCUUCGUAAACUGGCGACCAGAUGUGAAGAUCGUUUCAUGGCUGGACAGAAAGAUCACCUGCGCUUCGGAACAGAUAGUUGGUCUCAUUUCCGGCUCACUGCCGGAAAACCUUGUUGUGAAGCUGGGGAUGCCGUGUACUAUACCGCAUCCUUCGCCAGAGAACCUCUGAUGAAUUAUGCCGUCAAGAUCUGCAGGGGUGUGGUGAAGGAAUCUCAGCAGCAGUUUUUUCACAGUCUGGCAGUUCGGCAGAGCAUCGCUGUGCACUUCAACAUUCAGCAGGAUUGUGGCCACUUCCUGGCCGAUGUUCCAGCUCGCCUGUUGCCCUGGGAGAAAGGGGAGGACGGAGAUGACGAGAGAGACGACACAGAGGAUGAAAAACGUGGAAAAGAAAAUGCGACGAAAAGCCACGACAAGGACGGGAAACUGUGCAGUCAUGUCGUGGUGAUCACGCGUGAGGUGCCGUUUCAAACAGUGGCGGAUUUCGUACGAGAAGCCGUCGAACGCCAUGCGCGAAACCCCGAGUUGUAUGAAAGGCAGGUGUGCCUGCUGUUACUCCAGUUGUGUGCAGGACUUGAACACAUGAAACCGUACCACGUCACGCACUGCGACCUGCGGCUCGAGAACCUCCUCCUGGUGCACUGUCAGCCAGGGAACCCGUGGAACCUGGAGGUGCCGGAGCCCAACAAUAACGCAGCGUCCGGACCCUCUUCAGCCACCGCCUCUGCUUGCCCCGCCCGCCUCAUCAUCAGCAAUUUCUCUCAGGCCAAACUGAAGAACGUGGUUCUGGAACCGUCUUCGCUCCGUGACCACUCCCGUCUCGCACCCGAGCUUCUCACCGCUACUCAGUACCGCAAGUGCGACGAAUUUCAGACCGGAAUAUUGAUCUACGAGAUGCUGCAUCGGCCGAACCCGUUCGAGGAAAAUCCCGAGCUCAAACAGAGGGAAUACUGUAGCACGGAUCUGCCCCAGCUUCCCUUGCGAUCCCUCUACUCCAGCGGCCUUCAGCAGCUCGCCACAUUGCUCCUCAACCCUAACCCUUCCGAGCGCAUCCAGAUGGCAGACGCCCGAGCGUGCCUGCAGUGUCUGCUGUGGGGUCCGCGAGAGGAUCUUUUUAAUACGUUAAACCCCUCCGCUGGAACCGUCCAGCGCCACACCGUCCUGCAGAACUGGCUGGACUUGAAGCGAACACUGAUGAUGAUCAAGUUUGCCGAACGUUCGCUGGACUCGGGAUGCGGCGUGAGCCUGGAAGACUGGUUGUGUUGCCAGUAUCUGGCCUUUGCCACCACUGAGUCUCUGAGCAAAGUGAUUAAAAUCUUGCAGCAGCCGCAGGGCGUCCUGAUCUGAUCGCAGUGACAGCGGAUUCUUCGCUACAUACGUUGUACAGGCGUGUGAUUUUUAUUUGAUUUUGUUAAUGUUUGCGUUUGGUUUAGUACAGUGGCGUGCAGAGAGUAAAAUCGAGUGAACAAAAGGUUUACAGGAUGAAAGUGACAAAGUCAUAUUUAACUCCACAGAUAAUGGCACAUUUAUAGAGCUGCUUUUAUACAUAAAGUGAAAAUGCAUGAAAUGUGUGCGCGUGUGUUUUGUUAGGUUGUCAUUCUGCUAUAGGGACACAGCAGGAAACCACUGAUUCGACAUUCGCUGCAUCACGAUUGGUGGUGAUUCAUGAAAUUUCAAGAUGUUUCUCAUCAUUCUUGUUCUGGAGAAGUACAGUAAGCAUUGCAUAUCGAAUUGUGUGUGUGUGUGUAGAUGUAUAGAGGCCCACGAGAAUCACUGUAAUGUAUGUCUGUGGCAGAAAACUGACAUUAGGUCAAUGAAUGAGUCUAUAACAUGCCUUACUCGUAUAUGUGUGUGUGAGAGAGAGAGAUUAAAAGAGGCAGAAUAAACAUCAAAUCAGACAUUUUACUCAAAAUACAUUUAAUUUUUACCCUGAUAUAAUGGACAGAAAGAGAUUACAAAUGAUAUGACAGAUUGGAUUACAUUAUUUUUCUACCACAACAAGAGCACUGUAAAGUUUACCAAAGACUGAACCGAUCCACGCAAAAUAUUUUUACAUUUUCCGAUUAAAUAAAAUAUAUUAAUAAUCUCCCUCAUAAAGAAAGUGUCCUUAUCCAACUGCUAGAAAGGCUUGAUUUUAUUUUGAAGGUGCGAUUUGUUUUUAAUUUUUUGAGUAGGAUACCGAAAUUGACCUUCUGCCUGAAAGAUAUCACUGAGAAAUUACAAUUGUUACUGUGAAAGCCCUACACAAAAUCUUACAUUUUUAAAGGGUACCUCGACUAUGAAGACGUGUAUGCUUUAAAACUUUAUAUUUGCAUUCUACAUCUAAAAUCCAUUGAUAGAAACACAUUAAAUCUUUUCAUUACUUUGAUACUUUCAAAACCCCAACAUGCAAUAUUCAUUUUAAGCUCUAGAGGCCGCCAUUUUGUUUUAUGCAUACACCCACACAUCUAAAAAAUGUCUGGGUUAUGUUUAACCCAUAAUGGGUAAAUAUUGGACAGAACACAUCCUGGGUUAAAAAUUACCCCAUGCAUUGGGUCAAUUUUUACCCAGCGGUGUGUUCUGUCCAAUAUUUACCCAAAAAUAACCCAGACAUUUUUGGAGUGUAGUGCAUUCUGGGUCAAUGACGUGGAAUGUUUGUUGUGAAAUAUUACUAAAGUUUACUAUACUAAAUACUAUGGUAUCUACUAUAGUUUUUCCAUGUGAGAAUGUUUUACCUCUCAGAUUGUCUUUAUUUUGAUCAUCUUUCAUUUGUAUGUUUUCUGUACAUCAUCAUCAUUUAUGUUACUCUCUGAUGUGUAUUGAAAGGGCUGAACAGAAGAUGUUCUUGUAUUUUUAAUGGCAUGCAGAAAUCAAGACCAUACUGCCACCCACUGUCUGUAUGCAUUUAUAACUCUGAUCUUCUGUUUUACAUUAUUUUACAAUAUACCGAUUGAAUACUUGUUUGUCAUAUUUACCUCACUGAAGCGUUAAUAGAACAAGUUUUAAUUAUCAUGUAAACAAAAUGGUGGCCUCUGAGUGAAAAGCUUAUUACUAUACUGUUUUUAAAAGGGAUAGUUCACUCAAAGAUUAAAAUUAUGUCAUCAUUUACUCACUCUGUUGUUGUUACAAACCUGUAUAAAAAAUGUGUUGGAAGAUAAUUUCAAUAUUGUUUGUAAGCAAACCGAUCUGAGGCCCCAUUCACUUCCAUUGUAGGGAAAAUAAUUCAAUGGAAGUGAAUAGGGCCCCUGAUCGGUUUGGUUACAAACAUUCUUUAAAAUAUCUUUCUUUGUGUUUAUCAGAACAAAGAAAUUAAUACAGGUUUGUAAUAACAUAAGAGUGAGUAAAUGAUGACAGAAUUAUCAUUUUUAGGUGAACUAACCCUUUAAAUUCAUAUAAUCUCAGUGUUAAAGGGAUAGUUCACUUUAAAAUUAAAAUUCUGUGAUCAUUUACUCACUAUGUUGUUGUUACAAACCUGUGUAAAAAACAUUUUGGAAGAUAAUUUCAGUAUUGUUUGUAACCAAACCGAUCUGAGGCCCCAUUCACUUCCAUUGUAGGGAAAAGAAUUCAAUGGAAGAGAAUGGGGCCCCUGAUCGGUUUGGUUACAAACAUUCUUUAAAAUAUCUUUCUUUGUGUUUAUCAGAACAAAGAAAUUAAUACAGGUUUGUAAUAACAUAAGAGUGAGUAAAUGAUGACAGAAUUAUCAUUUUUAGGUGAACUAUCCCUUUAAAUUCAUAUAAUCACAGUGUUAAAGGGAUAGUUCACUUUAAAAUGAAAAUUCUGUCAUCAUUUACUCACUAUGUUGUUGUUACAAACCUGUAUAAAAACAUUUUGGAAGAUAAUUUCAGUAUUGUUUGUAACAAAACCGAUCUGAGGCCCCAUUCACUUCCAUUGUAGGGAAAAGAAUUCAAUGGAAGAGAAUGGUGCCCCUGAUUGGUUUUGUUACAAACAUUCUUCAAAAUAUCUUUCUUCGUGUUUAUCAGAACAAAGAAAUAAAUACAGGUUUGUAAUAACAUAAGAGUGAGUAAAUGAUGACCGAAUUUUCAUUUUUGGGUGAACUAUCCCUUUAAAUUCAUAUUCAUAUAAUCCCAGUGUUAAAGGGAUAGUUCACCUCAAAAUUUAAAUUCUCAUUAUCAUUUACUCAUCCUCGUGUUGUUUUAAACCUGUAUGAAUUUUUUUUUCCCGAUGAACACAAAAGAAGAUUUUUGAGAAAUGAUGGUUAACACACAGCAGUAAGUGACCAUAGACUUCCAUAGUAGGAAUAAAAAAAUAUGAUGGAAUUUAAUGGCUACCAUCAACUGUGCGCUUACCAUCAUUUAUCAAAAUAUUUACGUCAUCAUUUAUCACAAUACUUUCAAAAUAUUUAUUCCUACUAUGGAAGUCAAUGGUCACUAUCUGCUGUGUGUUUACUAUCAUUUCUCAUAAUAUCUUCUUUUGUGUUCAUCAGAAAAAAUAAAUUCAUACCAGUUAAGAACAACAUGAGGAUGAGUAAAUGAUGACAAAAUUUUAAUUUCAAAGUUAACUAUCCCUUUAAUCUAGUAAGCAAUACAGAUGUUUAUAGUCGGGGUAUGCUUUAAAAAUGAAGGUGAUGUCACUUAUAGCACCUUUAAGUUUUAAACACACACAGUAGUUAAUUGAGAAAAACAGAUGUCAAUUCAGAUACCAACCGUAGUGUGAAUAUGUUCCACUUUAAAAUCUCAAACAUUGUGUGUCUCUGGACAUGUGUGAAUCCUUACUUGGAUUUAUGUGCAAUCAUUUAAAAGUGUUACCAUUGUUGCAGUAUUUUAGAUGGAUUUAGCGCACUUGAUAGUCUCGGCAUGCAUCUUUUGUCUUCCUAUGUCUGGCACAUAAAUAAAGGGAGUGUGUUCUCAGAGAUCAGACCCACGGCGAGGUGAGGAUUUUUAAGGAUUUGUAAAGUAUUAGCCUGUAUCAAGGAUGGCAUGUGCUAAAGUCAUUUUAGUCUUUGUAGUAUAGUGUCAUCAUUGUUAUAGAUUUGUGUUUGAGGACUGCUAGAGCAGGCCAGUGCAGCAGAUGAAAGGAUUCGGCAUGUAGACUGAUCACCUUCUCAUACACACACACACACAGGCUGCAUCCCAGUUUGCAUACUACUACCGUAUGUCUUAAAGUACAUACUUGUGCUUGAUCUGAGUAUCAAGCUCCUUUCUGUGUUCACCCCAAGGGGUUGUGGGUAAUUUUAGCCAAACAAUAUAGAUGCAUUAUUCAGAAUAACUACAUUUCUACUUUAUAUUCUAAUACAUAAGUAUGUACUCUUGGAUGUAGCCAUUCCCAAUAUUUCCCGUUUUUAUUUUUUAAUCACAUUUUAUUUUAUAUCAAAAUCAUAAUCUGCAUAUUUUCAGAAAUAAGUGUAUAUGUCAGUCACAAAUUAGGGCGGGACCAUUGGUUUACUCCCAAUAACACAUCUUCCAUAUCAUAAUAGUUAUAUACAUAAAUUUCAGUAUAGUAAGCAGGUGUGUUUGAGAAAAUCUAGCGUGUGUUGUGCUGAAUGUUUGUGGGUCACAUCGAGCAAUAUGUUGUAAAUAAUUUGAGUGUAGUUUAUAGACAACUAUUAGAUCCAUCACAGGCACGAGUUUGAACAUUGAAUGAAAGCAUCAGCGGAUGUCUGUAAACAGGAGGACGUUUGUGCGUUUCUGUUUCGUUUUAUCAGAUUUUAUUCAUGUAUUUACUGUUAUUUACAAAUGUUUAUUGCCAGUGUUAAUUUGACAGUACUGCUUUUUACCUACAUGCAUAUCUUAUGGUAUUCAGCUCUCCAUUACUGAGUUUACCGCUCAUAAUAAAACUAUGAAUAUGUUUUUAAA